UUUUUACAGGAACUGUCCUCUUCCCAGUCCUUGGAGCUCCAGGAGCAGAGGUCUGCAUUACGUGAACUGAUACUGCACCAUCAGGGUAGUGCACCGCUAUCAGAAGAGAAACGACAGCAGGCUAUAAAAUAUCUCAUGAAGGCAAAUAUGUCCUUGGAAACUCUAGUGUCGCUCAUACAAACAGGGGACCUUGCAGCUGGAAGUAACCAGAAGUCCGUAGCAUCAUAUGCACCCCAGAAGGAAAAAUGGAUUUCCCCAGGAGCCAAGCUAACCCAGGAUGUUCAGAAAACAGGAGAUGAAAGGGAGAUUUCAGAACGAAAGGUGGAUGUCAUCACUUUGAGCCAACUAACAGAUAAACUAUUGACUGAGAGUUCUGAAAACAAAGGAGAAAUCAGCACACAAUCCAUGGAGUUACUUAGCUUUAAAGAUAAAGAUAAUGAAAGCUCAUCUUCCCACCAUCACCUGAAAAUUGACUUGAAUAUAUUGAGUCAACUUUUGGCUGAGACACAAUUACAAGACCAAGAAGAGGUGACAGACCUUGCUACCAAUAUAGAAAAACAGGGCUAUUCUUCUGAAUACCAAGGAAUAGAAAAAUCUGAAGACUUCCGAUUCACUGCUCCUAGCAAGAAUGUUGGAUCAAAAGCAGCACAUUCCGAAUCCGAUCAGAAAAGCCAGUCCAACCAAUGGCUCCAGGAUGCUGCAUCACAGAUGGUCUUUGCUGAUAAAGAGCAGUCUUUUGGGAGAGGUAUAGGAAGGCCUUCAGAUCUGCUUCAGAAUGAUCAGAAUCUAUUCCAGGCUUUCAGCUCUGUGACAGGUGGCCAAGUAAACCCUCUCCAGCAGGUGCCAGUUGAAGGGCUGAGUGAGGAAGCAUUUCUACAGCAGUUAAUCCAAAGCAUUAACAAUAAGGAAAAGAAAGACAAUCAAAAGAAACUUAAUAAAAGCUCAACUGCUGCAAUCACUGGAAUGAAUUCGAAGACAAAGAAAAAAGCAUUUGUUGUUGGUAAGCCUAGAGCAAAAAAGCCAAAUAUUCCUUUUCAAAAAGCCCUAGAGGAUGUACUUCCCGCUGAUGUGGAGACAGACAAACAGGAGAAGACUGUGAACCUCCCUGAAUUUCCAGCUGAGCCCCUGCAGGAACAAAAAAAAUUAAACUCUUCUCAAUCAUCUUUGUCUGCUGAAGACAGCCAGAAGCAUCUCAAAGAGGAUGACAAUACAGAGAAUAGUGAAGAAAAUCAGAAGCAGUCUAUUGAAAACCGGGACCUCAAGCGAGCGCAGCAGGCAGAGUGGCGCCGCUUAGAAGUAGAGAGGAAACGCAAAGAGAAGGAGCAGCAGAGAAGAAGAGAACAAGAAGAAAAGGAGCAGGAAGUAAGAAUGGUGCAGGAACUGGAAGAACAAGUAGCAAAAAGACUAGCAGAACUUAGAGAGAAGAAACAAAAGGAAGAAGAGGAGAGACUACAGAAGGAGUGGGAGCUGGAGGCACUUCAUCAAGAGGAAAAAAGGCAACGGGAGCGAGAAAAACAAAUAAUGGAGGAGCAGAAUAGGAAAUUACAAGAGAUCCAGCGAAAGAUUUGGGAAGCCAACCAACUGAGAGAAGCUGAGGCUGCAAGGAAAAGGAUGGAAGAAGAGAAAAAAUUCUUAGAGGAACAGGCUUACCUAGCAGCCAUGGCAGAACAAGAACGGGAGCAAUACCUGCAAAAAAAACGUGAAGAAGAUGAAAGGAGAAGGAAGGAACAGGAGGAGAAGCAGAGGCAGGAACAAGAAGCAGCCAAGGUUCGAAUGGAGGCAGCAAGAAAAGAGGCAGAACGCAUCAUCAGAGAGCAAUGGGAAACUGAAAGACGUCUUCAUUUCCACAAUGACCUUUUAUGUGAAGCUACCGGUCUGGAACAGAGUCAGGAAGUUAAUCGUCCAUGGAUCUGCGCUUAUUAUGAUGCCGUAAAGAACUCUGAACUGAGUAAUUACUAAUAAAAGUCUAAGAACAAUCGUUAUCUAUUAAACAUCAAUAAUCUGAAUCAUUUUUAAUUUCUCUCCCUGAUUCUUUUACUGACAGUUUUUAUGAUAAAUUACAGACUGAUUUUGUCAGAUUCUUAGUAGAAGGAUCUCCUGUGAAGUUUAUUUUUAUACACUUAUUGAGACGUUACUUCUGAAAGGCGCUUCACUGAGCACUUGAGAACAAUUAGUUACCCUCUGAGGUGCAGAUCUUUUUUUUCUGUUUUGAAUAUGAAGGCUGACAAGAAAAAUGUAAAGUUCAAUAAAACUUAAAAUCAAGACACAAAGAUUAAGACAAGCUCAAAGUCUGGCAGCAAAGUAAAGUACAGACUGCAUUAGCACAAGGAACUUAGAAACUCCAAGAAACUUCUACAUAAUAUUAGUUCUGUGAGGGCUGAAUCAAAGAUAAGCGACCACUGCCUGAUGCCAGAGAAGCCCAUGACAGUUAGACCCUGAAAGUUAUCCUCAGUAUAAUCCAUUUCAUGGUUUGGUUUAUGUUAAAAGCUUUUUGCACAAUGAAAUUCUGUAAAUAAAAAUAAGACAGAAUACUGCGUGAGUUGAACCUUUUCAGUUUAAGAAAAUCGAGAUAAAGAGGUGGCGUGAUUGAAUUGUUCAAAAUUAUAAAGGGAAUUAGCACAGUGGAACCUGGCUGUUACUUUAAAAUGAGUUCACCAAGAACAAGGAGGACACAGAUGGAAGAUGGUCAAUGGUAGAUGUCACACAAACGUUAAAGUGUUUUUCUUCAUACAGAUAACCAUAGACACAAGUAGUGAGGUAGAGAGUUAUUUUGAAGAAAUUAGGUGGACAGAGCUGGCAAGCUUGGUUGGGCUGAAAGGCCUGUUCUAGUCAAGAUUGAUCCAAAGUAUAACCUCCACAUCCAACUAAAAUAUGUGUGCAUAUACAGUAUACAGUAAAAAUAGUAGACAUAAAUGACAAUUUCUUCUCGGCUAUAGUUAUUUUCAAACAACCUCAGGAAAAAUGUUUUUUAGUAAUAGAUCAAUCUCAAGGCAGCAAUGCCACAAAGCAUGAACUUCACUGAAACGUUAAUAAAAGUUAAUCUAAUCAUGUAAAAAUUUGAGAAAACCAAAAUGAUACUUUGUAUUUCAAGUCAGAAAGCUCUGCCUCAGUGCCGGUGUACGGUGAUUGUAGGAGAGCACAGAUGGUAGCAAGUCCGUCUGCAGCUUGGCGGCCUCGUGAUUCAACACUGCAAAAAAUGCAUAUACAAAAACUAAACAAAAUCAUAAAAACUUUAAAUUGGGAGUUGUUUUGCUUUUAUUUAGCAAAAAUAUCUGCCAAUGGAGUAAACAAAAUUUAUUUGACAAAAAAU